UGCUGGAGAUGGGGCGUCGGGCCAAGCUCUCCUCGCCUCCUGCUGUGCCAGACGGAGCUUCUUCCUCGACCAUGCAGGCCGCCAAGAAGGUGCCCACACUGAACACGGCGUACAAUGCCGGGCUGCUCCAUUCCAUCGCCGGAGAAUGGAAUCCAAACAUCAAAGGUGUGUUUUCUGGGGUAGGGAUGGAAGAAAUGUGCAACAACCGUAUCUUUAGCAUGUCCCUCUUAGCUAGGAUCGAUCCCAAAACCAUGAAGAUGGACAUGGGACAUGGAAAUUACAUUGAGGUGAACUCUAGGGAGGUAGCAAAGUGCUUAGGGUUGAAUCCAUGUGGUAGGAAGAUAGAUAUCCCGGGUAGCGCUUGCUUAGCAGACCGAGAACGGUUGCUAGAGAACUUGCAUGCGAUCUUAGAGACAAACAUGGCUCGCGCUUGUAAGAUUCCUGUGGUUAGAGUUAAGAAAAUCAUCCAGAACGCAAGCAAGGGGCCAUAGUAGGAGCAGAGAAAGAAAAGAUGAUGGUGGCGUGUACAAUCAUAGCCGCGUCCUCGUUUCUCCUACCUAGGGGAGCACACCCAAAAAUUGCCAAUGAACUGCUGCCCGUUCUAGCUGAGCCAAAUCAAAUCUCCGACUAUGAUUUCUGUGACUACGUCGUGGAGGGUCUAAGAGAGGGUGCGGCCAAGCUGAGGGAAGAUCUACUACAUGAGCCAGCUCAGCUUAGUCUGCAGGGGUGCCUUGUUGUCCCACAGAUCAUUUUUUGCGAUUAUCAUGAGCACGGGAUGUAAGGACGCGAGCUGCUGCCAUUCCCUCGGCUAGCAUCGUACUCGGAUAUGAUGUUGAAACUGCAGAUCAAAAAGCAUGCAGCAAGGAAUGGUGUGGAUGCUAGGUUUGAGGUUGCGGAUGUUCCCAGAUCGCCGGCAUUUAAUGUCGCUUCUGCUAGCCCGGCUCAAGCCCAAGCCUGGACCACGCCGAGUCCUAGUGUGCAUGACGCUACCCCUGGAUUUGGUGUGGCCCAUGAGCCAGCGAUAAGUCAAGAGGUUCUUGACGCCAUGAAGGAAGCAAUGCAACAUCGCCUGAAGCAACGUGAGGAUGAAUUCCUCAAGAUGGUUGAGGAGACACAGGCCAAAGUGUUUGAAGAAAUCAGGAACAAGGUGGAUGCUAUCGGCACAGAGACCUCGAGGAGACUCUUGGUGAUUUCAUGGAGCGUGUGAAGAAACAAGCUCCAAUGGCGGCAGCAUUUCCUAACAUGAGCAAGACCUCGCAUCGUCCCAGGACGAUGACAGCUGUUGCCCAAGAUCUGGCUGAAACUUCACGCAAAGCUGCAAGGUCUCUGAUGUCAGUGGUUGUUGCUAACGAGGAGACACGUGUCCAACCAGAAUCUCAUGGUCUGGCUGCUGCAACCAGAGGGGUGCAAGGACCUCACCUGAAUGCAUGCCCUGGGGUGCUUGUGGGUUUGCUUGGCAAAGAAACUGCUGUCCAGGAGCCUGUUGAUGAACCAGAGGACAAGCCUAUGAUUGUGGAUCGCAAAGGCAAGGGGCCGGCUAUUGACGUGGUCUACCGCAGGUGCAGUAGACAGACAACCAUGCAUGAGGUGCUUGGCGUGGCAGGUUCUUCCUCUAGAGAUCAUGUGCAUGUCCAUCAUCCGGUGGUUGCGUCCGUAGACACUGAUAUGACUAAAGCAGUUGUGCCGGAUGCUUUGCAGAUGCAAAAUGAUGGGCUUGCAGGAAUUGCCACGACCACACCAAUAGGGAACAGGAGGUUGGCACUGCCUGGUAAUGGGGAACAAACCAACCCGGUGCCUCUUGUGGUUGUUCCUGCUUUGCCACCUGCACGUGAUUACGGCUACUCUCCAUUUGAGCUGGAUCUACAACAUUUUUUCUACCCUAACCACGUAUGCCUGGAUUUGUACGAGAGCGUUGAACUUCUCAGUAAGGCUUCUGAGCUCAGCAGGACUUGGUUCGAGCAUCACACCCCCACGGUGCUACGGAUAGAUGGGCAUAAGAUGAAGUACCAAUUCAGUUUGCAUGGUGAGAUGAUGUACAAUGGCCUUGACGCCUGGGUGCGUGGCUGGAACGACAGGGAGAGGAGCAUGAUGCAGAGAGUUGAUCUCCCAAAUUGGAGAGGAUUGCUACCACCUGAUGUUGUGCUCCACAUUGAAAAUAUUGAUACUGACAACGCCCGUGUUGUGCUCAUUGCGAUGCUUUCGACGCCCAAGCUUGGUUUCCCACUCUGCAUGUGUCGUCUGCUCUUGUUCCCUCUGUGGCUUGCUAACAACUGGUCCCUGUACGCCUUCGACAUGGAGCUGACCAGGGUCACGGUGAUGGACCCAUUGUACACGUAGGUGGGGUCACCAAUGUACGAGAGGAAGCACGGGGCGACCGUGCGCAUGCUGCUUAAAGGGCUCAAAAUCCUGGGGACCAUCCUGUUUGACGGUUGGGAGAUGGAUAUCUCCAAAUGGACUGUUCGGUACAACAUUGAUAUGCACAUAGCUUGUGGCAGCGGUGAAUCGCCUGGCUACAUUGCGCACUAUGCGGACAACUUCAAUGCUUACGAGCUGGAGGAAGCCAUUCCUGAAGUUGGUCUUCCCCUGCGUCGGAAAAGGAUGCUCUAUGAGACAAUUGCCUGCUCGGGCAACACUGCUCCUCACCCAGGAUUCAUGGUGGAAGUGGAGGUGGAGGAGUAGAACACUGGACUCCAUGUUAUCGACAUGUCACCCUUUUGGAGCUGCUGCGUGCAAGGACAUGUUUGAUUACAUCCGGUGAGGAUGGAAGUUGUACCUUUUCUUGUAGCUGUCUUGUUGACAGUUCUGUAAGCCCAUUGUGUGAUGGGCUUUGCAAUGUGCUAUGUGUUGAACCUAUGUGGUGCUUGUCUAAGUAUUUUGGCAUGGAACUGUACCAGCCAUUGAAACCUAUGACUAAUCAAUGUUUGUUUCUA